CUACCAAAGCCCAACAGAUGUAAUGUGUUCGGCUAACAAAAACCCUAGGUCGGGCUGCUUUCUAUUUAACUCCUCAGAACCCUAAUUCACAGCUUCGUUUUCCCCCCGCAGCAGUCGAAGAUGUCGAAGCGAGGACGAGGAGGAUCCGCUGGUAACAAGUUCAGGAUGUCACUGGGUCUGCCAGUGGCAGCCACGGUCAACUGCGCAGACAACACAGGCGCCAAGAACCUGUACAUCAUCUCCGUGAAGGGGAUCAAGGGUCGUUUGAACCGCUUGCCGUCUGCCUGCGUCGGUGAUAUGGUGAUGGCCACUGUCAAGAAGGGAAAGCCUGAUCUGAGGAAGAAGGUCAUGCCUGCUGUCAUCGUGAGGCAGCGCAAGCCGUGGCGCCGAAAGGAUGGUGUCUUCAUGUACUUCGAGGACAAUGCUGGGGUCAUUGUGAAUCCGAAGGGAGAAAUGAAAGGAUCUGCUAUUACCGGUCCCAUUGGAAAGGAGUGUGCUGAUUUAUGGCCGAGGAUUGCAAGUGCUGCCAAUGCUAUAGUUUAACCGUUUCUUGCUUAUGUUCUUGGUCGAUUUUGGAACCUUGUCUCUUCUAUUUCCGAGCAGUAGGUGUGCUUGUGGAAUUGGAAAUUUGUUUCAAGCCCGAUGAUCAGAAGUACAAUUAAUUUUUGCAUGGGGAAAGAUGUUAAAAGAGUUUUGAUGUUUGAUGUUUGCCUUGUUAAAUGUGCUUUCUUACCUUCAGAUAGCAUUAAUCUGUCAUCUCUUUCCUUUUGUUAUUUGAAUGUCUACUCCAUACAGCAGCCCUUAUUGCUCGUGCAAAGAAGCAUUGCUACAUUUCUUCUGUUUCUGUGUUGGUUUGGAAGUAUUGAUUACUGAGAAUUGGGCGUAAUCUGCCAUCCCUCGGGCUGAUGAACUC